AUGAAGCUCCUUUACUGGAAUGCCCGUGGAAUCGCUAAUGAUGACACUCAGCGGGCUCUCUUAGACAUGGUACGUAUUCAUCGUCCUCUUUUUGUUUGUCUUUCUGAACCGUUUAUUCUGCUCGAGAGUAUCAACAGGUCUUUUUGGAGAUCUCUUGGCCUUGUUCCUAUAACAACUAAUAACCGUGGACUUCAAGCACCAAAUUUGUGGGUUUUGGGUCAGGAAGCACUCCAACCUACUGUAAUUUCUUCCACAGAUCAACAGAUCACCUUUUCUUGUUCACUGGAUGGUUUACUCUGUGUUAUUACUGCGGUCUAUGCGAGGACUACCAUUGUUGGGAGAAGAAUGCUUUGGCAGGAUCUUUCUAUGAUUAAUACUUCCCAGGUUUAUGGUCGCCCAUGGGUGGUUUUUGGGGAUUUUAACUGCAUUCUUGGAGCGCAUGAGAAGCGGGGUGGUGGUUCUCCCAAUUUAACCUCCUGCAUGGACUUCCAGCAGAUGUGUACUGUUUGUGGCUUAAUUGACAUUCCGACCAAGGGUCUUGCCUACACUUGGUCUAACCGUCGUAUUGAUGAGAAGUUGGAUAGAGCUUUGGGGAAUUUGGAGUGGUUGGAAGCUUGGCAAGUUAUGGAGUGUAGCACAUUAGCAAAGUCCACUUCUGAUCACUGUCCAAUUUUACUAUCAUUCCAAAGAUUUGCUCUCCCUUGUCAUUCUCCUUUUAGGUUUCAGAAUAUGUGGUUGCAACACCCGAAUUUCCUCCAGCUAAUCCGGGAGUUUUGGACCACACUGGAAUUCCAUGGUUGCCCGAUGUUUAUUUUAAGCUCCAAGCUUCGUGCCUUGAAGUUAAUGCUUAAAAACUGGAAUAAAGUGCAUUUUGGUAACAUUCACACAAGGGUGGAGGCUACCAGGCAGGCUCUGGAUGGGGUUCAAUCUGAAAUUUGUAAUCUGGGUCCUUCUGAUGAAAGGUUCAGCCGCGAAGAUGAUGCACAUGCGCUCUUUCAAGUGGAGCUUUCUUUGCAGCACACCAUGCUUCGAGAUAAAUCCCGGGUGAGGUGGCUCAAGGAUGGUGAUCGUAAUACUGCAUUUCUGCAUAACUUGGUAAGGAUUUGUCGCUCGAAUAAAUCCAUCACCUCUCUUUUUGAUGGGAGUGCCAUUUUGCAAGAUCAUGAUUCCAUUGCCAGUUAUAUUGUUCAACACUAUACAAACAUGUUUACUAGAGACCAGGGCAUUAUUGAUACGAGCCUUGUGGAAAGAACCAUUCCUCAUGUGGUUACUGGAGCGGACAAUGAGAUUCUUACUGCAAUCCUUACACAUAUGAGGAGAUUGUGUUAG